UGUUGUCCGCCCAGGUUGUCCCCUGCAUCGGCUCACGACACCUGCGACAGGCCCUUUCUUCUGUCGUUUCUUUCAUUAAUUCUUCAUUCUCCCCUGUUUGCCGCUACCUUCGUUCUCGAGCUCCCUCCAUCAAUCGUUUUAGAUCUGUUUGCACGCUCGCUCACAUUUCUUUCUCAUUGACAUUGUUCGUCGGUCGCACAGCAAGAACCCUUGCCACCCGGGCUUUUUUCUUUCCAUCCCAGUCUGCUGGCUUGUCCCUGCGUCACGACGCAUUAUUCGCCCGUGCUACGGCCGCCGCCAGCGGUCUGCUGUUGAGCCGUCAUCGUCAAUCGUAGCACACGUCUCGAUUCGUACCUCCACCGGCAGUCUCUCGCAGCAAUGGUCCGCACCGCUACUGCUGCUGCAUCUGCUGCGCUGGCAGCGGCGCUGCUGUUCUCGGCCGGCGUCGCCGCCGACAGCAGCAUCCCGAGCUGCGGCCCCGACAGCCCAUGUCCCGCAGACGCGCCGUGCUGCUCCCAGUACGGCCAGUGCGGAGUCGGGGCUUACUGUCUCGGCGGCUGCGAUCCGCUCUUCAGUCACACGCUUGAUUCGUGCGUGCCCGUGCCCGUCUGCAACAGCAAGAACUACGAUAUCAAUGGCCUGGACGGCGUCGUGAGCAUUGACAAGUACCUUGGCGAUGCGAGCAAGGCCAACUGGGUCGCGACGGGCAAUCCGCUGCGCUAUAAUGAUGGCUUGCUGCUUACGAUGGCCGAGGGCACGGUGGGCACGUUGCUGGCUUCGACGCAUUAUGUCUGGUAUGGCAAGAUCAGCGCGAAGCUGCGGACCAGCCAGGGCAAGGGCGUCGUCACGGCGUUUAUCAUGAUGAGCGAUGUGCGCGACGAGAUUGACUUUGAGUGGAUUGGCACAGACAUUGCGCACGCGCAGAGCAACUACUACUCGCAGGGAGUGACAGUGUACACAAACGGCAAAGCGCUCGGCGUCCCCGACGACAACACCGUCUCGACCGAGCACGAAUACACGAUCGACUGGCAACCAGACACGCUAACCUGGUCAGUGGACGGAACAGUGCUGCGCACACUCAACCGCAAAGACACCUGGAACAGCACCGUCAACCGCUUCGACUACCCGCAAACGCCCGCCCGCGUCAUGCUCUCGCUCUGGCCCGCCGGUCUCCCCUCCAACGGCGAAGGCACCAUCGAGUGGGCUGGCGGCCUCGUCGACUGGAACUCGCAGUACAUGCAAAACGGCUACUACUACGCGGAGAUCAGCUCCGUCAGCGUCGAAUGCUACGACGCGCCGCCGGACGCGCAGAAGAAAGGCUCGAAAAGCUACGUCUAUACCGAUCCCGCGGGCACCAACGACACCGUCGCCAUCGUCAACGACCAGGUCAUCCUAGGCAACUUUUACGCUACGGGCACUAAGCCCGAAAACGACGACGAUGAUGAUGAUGACAGCGCGUCGAAGACGAAGUCGGCCGGCGCGUCAAAGUCCUCGUCCACGGCUAAGGCGUCAAAGCGCCCCGAGACGGUGCCGGGCAUGUCGGGCGCGGGAAACCGCGGCGAGGACGGCACUGUCCAGAGCGUGGGGUCUGGCGCUGCGGCGAGCGCGAGCGCGGCUGCGGGCUCGGGCUCGGGCUCGGGCUCGGGCGCGACGUCCUUGGAUGGUAAUGAUAACAGCUUUGACCAGGGCUUGGGCGGAAAUAAGGGCGGGAAUGGUGGCGGUGCGGGGCAGACGGGUGGUGCGGCGGGGUUGGCUGCUGCUGCUGGGUUUGGUGGGGUGGGUGCGUGGGGGGUCUUGCUGCUGGGAGCGCUUGUGGGGGGAGUGUUUGUUUGGGCUUGAUAAGUGACUGGUUGGGUUGGACUGGGGGUGGGAGUGAGGUUUGGCUUGAUGUGGUUUUAUUUGCUUUGAUUGGUUUGAUUUGGUUAGGUGAAAGCUACCGCACCAGCUGGGCUGUAGGAGCAUGCACGUAUGGAUGCAUGGAUGGGUAACCACUGCCACGGAUGACUCGAACGAACGGACGGACGGACGCAUGGAU